GAGGCGCUUCAUCACUCAUCAUCACGUUUGCAUCAUGCCACCAAAAGUGAAGAAAUCCAAAGAAACGCCAGCAACAUCAUCGGCAGCAUCGGCCAGUUCUGAUGCUUUGAAUCCGAAAACAACCACUUAUGAAUUUGGAGGACCAUUAGGAGCACUCGGUAUGGUCGCCGUACUACCACUUCUCGUGCUUUUCUUCUCGGUCUGCUGUGACCCCACGGGCUAUCCUUCUCGCUACUUAUUUAUGGGUUAUCAACACUACUUUGAACGAUUGCUGUCGGCCGAGUAUCUCAAAUCAUUGUACGAUCCAGUCGCCAUUUUUGCCUAUUUCGGCUUCGUGCUUCUCCAAGCCUUCUUUUACUUUGUUCUGCCUGGCGAUACCGUGCCCGGAACCGUCAUGCGCGACGGCAACCGUCUUAAAUACAAGAUCAACGGAUUUACCGCUCUCCACAGCACGUUUUUCUUGGCUCUCUACUUUCUCAAAAACACGGGUUUGGAGCCAUUGACAUUUGUGUAUGAUCAUUGGAUUGGCUUGACCGUGGCUUCCAUCCUGUUUAGCUACAUGAUCUCCAUUUAUGUCUACAUGGCCAGUUUUGAACCAGGCAAAUUGCUUGCCACUGGCGGCAAUACAGGCAAUGCUAUUUACGAUUUUAUGAUCGGUAGAGAAUUGAAUCCACGCAUUGGCGAAUUUGACAUCAAAUUCUUCACGGAACUGCGUCCUGGCCUGAUUGGUUGGUUGGUCAUUAACACAUGCUUUGCUGCCAAGCAGUAUUUGGACCUUGGCCGCAUUACCAAUACGAUGCUUCUGGUCCAGUUCUUUGAAGCAUGGUAUGUCAUUGAUGCACUUUGGAACGAAGAGUGCGUAUUGACAACGAUGGACAUCACGACCGAUGGCUUUGGUUUUAUGCUUGCUUUCGGUCUCUACACUUGGGUGCCAAUGACCUACACGUUGCAAGCACGCUACUUGCUUGAUUUCCCGCGCGACAUUAGCUGGGUAGAAUUUGGAUUGAUUUUCGGUUUAAAUCUCCUCGGGUAUUACAUCUUUAGAGGCGCCAAUUCGCAAAAGAACGAGUUCCGUGCCAAUCCAGAAGGUCCCAAUGUGAAACACUUGAAAUACAUCAACACCAAGAAGGGCACCAAACUUCUCACCUCAGGCUGGUGGGGUAUGUCUCGACACAUCAAUUAUCUCGGUGAUUGGUUGAUGGCACUGUCUUGGUGCUUGCCGUGCGGAUUUGGGUCCAUCAUCCCUUACUUUUAUCCCAUUUAUUUCGGCUUUUUGUUGUUGCAUCGCGAAAGACGUGACGAUCACAAGUGUCGAGAAAAGUAUGGCGCCGACUGGGACAAAUAUUGUAGUAUAGUCAAGUAUAGAAUUAUCCCUGGUAUUUACUAGGUUCGACUUUUAUUUAGUUUAAUUUUAUGAAAAAAAAAAAGCUUCAAUUACUUUUACAAC